GCUGCAUCCGGGUCGGGCCCGCCUCGCCUGUCAGGUUGUCGCUCCUGUGCCUGCCGGGUGCUUUCGGUGUCGGGUCAGCCUGAGCUUGUCCCGAGCGGCCGGCCAUGGCGGAUACAGCGCAGAACGGGCCCAUGCAGGGUGGCGCCGGCGGCGGAGCGGUGCAAUUUCUGAUGACUAACAAGUUGGACACAGCAAUGUGGCUUUCCCGUUUGUUCACAGUCUACUGUUCAGCUUUAUUUGUUCUGCCCCUUCUAGGGUUGCAUGAAGCAGCUAGCUUUUAUCAACGUGCCUUGCUAGCAAAUGCGCUUACCAGUGCUCUUCGACUACACCAAAGGUUACCACAUUUUCAGCUAAGCAGGACAUUCCUGGCUCAGGCUUUGUUGGAGGACAGCUGCCACUACCUUAUGUAUUCUCUCAUCUUCGUUAAUUCUUAUCCUGUUACAAUGAGUAUUUUCCCAGUUCUGCUGUUCUCAUUGCUUCAUGCUGCCACAUAUACAAAGAAGGUUAUUGAUGCAAGAGGUUUGAAUAGUCUGCCUUUCCUGAGAAGUCUUUUAGAGAAACUAAAUGCUAAUCAACAAAAUAUUCUAAAAUUCAUUGCUUGCAAUGAAAUUUUCCUGAUGCCAGCUACAGUUUUUAUGCUUCUUAGUGGCCAGGGAAGUUUGCUUCAGCCUUUCAUUUACUAUAGAUUUCUUACAUUGCGUUAUUCCUCCCGUAGAAAUCCAUAUUGCCGGACUCUUUUCACAGAGCUGAGGAUUGUUGUUGAACACCUAAUAAUGAAGCCUUCAUGCCCUCUUUUUGUAAGAAGACUGUGCCUCAAUAGCAUUUCCUUUAUAAGCAGACUAGCACCAACAGUUGCAUAAUUAACUUUCAGAAAUGUGUGUAUGUAUAUAUUGUGAACAUUAUGAGCAGCUGGCAUUUCUGCUAAUGGUUAUAAAUUCCAGUUUUUACACUGA